CUCUCUCUCUCUCUCUCUCUCUCUCACAGAAAAUUCACCAUGGCCAUGGCUUUGAAGCUCCUGAAGCAACUUCGAGGACCGUCCACCACCACCUCUACAAUUCUCUACCGCAAUCUUAGACCUCGGUUCUCGAACCUGCGUAGUACCAUUAGGCUCUUCUCAGAUGCUCCUCUCUCCGAGCCCCUUACCACUCCGCCGCAUCAAAACCCUCAUUCUCCUUCUCCGUCGUCGUUGAAUCAGUACGAGCUCGCUAAGUUCGCCGCCAUUGCUGAAACCUGGUGGGAUUCUGAAGGGCCAUUCAAACCAUUGCAUCAGCUGAAUCCUACAAGACUUGCUUUCAUUCGCUCCACGCUUUGCCGACAUUUCGGGAGGGAUCCGUUAUCCCCAAGGCCCUUCGAAGGGCUCAAAUUUGUCGAUGUUGGCUGUGGUGGUGGAAUUGUUUCUGAGCCUUUAGCUCGACUGGGAGCUACUGUGACAGGAGUUGAUGCUGUCGAGAAAAAUAUCAAGAUAGCACGCCUUCAUGCUGAUUUGGAUCCAUUGACUUCGACAAUUGAAUAUCGUUGCACAACAGCUGAAAAGCUAGUUGAGGAACAGAAGAAUUUUGAUGCUGUGUUUGCUUUAGAGGUAAUUGAGCACGUAGCAGACCCUGCUGAAUUCUGCAAGUCUCUGGCAGCCUUGACUGUUCCUGGUGGAGCUACUGUUAUUUCAACUAUCAAUCGUUCCAUGAGAGCAUAUGCCACUGCCAUUGUUGCAGCAGAGUACCUCCUCCACUGGCUUCCGAAAGGUACACAUCAAUGGUCCAGUUUUCUUACUCCUGAAGAGCUAGCUCUAAUCCUGGAGCGCGCUUCUAUUUCAGUGCAAGAGAUGGCUGGGUUUGUGUACAACCCUUUGACAGGAAGAUGGUCUCUAUCUGAUGAUGUUAAUGUAAAUUUCAUCGCUUAUGCUACCAAAAUAAAAACAGCUAAUCUAUAAAAACAUUUAAAAUUUUCCAUGUUCUCCCUCUUGU